AUGUACUUACUAAAUAAUCAUAUAUCCUUCUCAGGUGUACGCUCGCAUUCGUAUUCGCGUGGUCAAGGUCCGACGAAUUCUAUAGCGACUACUGCCGUCUCUGGAACAGUUGGCUUCCCUCCAGUUACAGCUGGCGCUGAUGGAACUUCGGGCACGGGCACUGGUGUUGGCGGCGGACUGGGGCUUAUUCAGUCGUUUACCCAACGGAUAUCCUCUACUGACCGGCCAGCCGCUAAGCUAGAAUCCUCUAUCUCUCCAGGGUACGAUGAUCCUAUUGGGCAACAGCGCUCCAAACGACCAUUCUGGAGUCCCAGUGAGCUGGCUCGUAAGAUCAGCACUGUCACGGUAAGGCAAUACAACAAAUUCAAAAAUUCGUUUCUCUCGAACUGA